AUGGGGUUUAUUCAUCAAAGCAAGUAUGCAAAGUCCUUGCUUGUGAAGUUUGGUCUCGAGGAUUGUAAGUCAGUAACAAUUCCUCUACCCACUGGUGAGAAACUAAAUAAAAUUGAUGGAAGUCAGUUGGCUGAUGAAGGGUUGUUUAGAAAAAUUGUUGGCAGCCUGUUGUAUCUGACUGCAACCAGGCCUGAUAUAAUGUUUGCAGCCAGUUUGUUAUCAAGAUUCAUGCACAGCCCCACAAAGAAGCACAUGGGAAUUGCUAAAAGGGUUCUUAGAUACAUUCAAGGCACUCUCAGCUAUGGCAUUGAAUUUACAAGGGACAAGAAUGCUGUUCUGAUUGGUUUUUGUGACUCUGAUUGGUCUGGCAGCGAAGAUGACAGUAGAAGCACAUUUGGAUAUGCAUUCAGUUUUGGUAGUGGAAUUUUCUCAUGGGCUUCGGUCAAGCAAAACACAGUUGCAUUGUCAACUGCAGAAGCUGAAUACGUCUCAGCAGCUGAGGCAACAGCUCAAGCUAUCUGGCUAAGGUUUGUGUUGGAUGAUUUUGGUGAAAUGCAACCUGAUGCAACACCAUUGUUUUGUGACAACAUUUCAGCAAUAUCAAUGGUCAAAAAUCCUGUUUUCCAUCAAAAAACAAGGCACAUAAACCGAAGGUAUCAUUUCAUAAGGGAAGCUUUACAAGAAGGGGUGAUCGAUAUAAAAUUCUACAGAAGUGAAGAACAGUUGGCAUAUAUUUUUACAAAGGCUCUGCCCAAAGAUCAAUUCAAUUAUUUGAGGUUGAAACUUGAAGUUAAACCAGUAAGCAGCUUAGGAGAGGCUGUUGAGAGUUAA